CCGAUGGGACAUCAAUUUUGUCUAAUAAAAGCAUGAUACAACCAAAUAUGUAGGAAAAUUAUUCUAAAAGUUCCCAUUGUCACCAAGACCCUAACAUAAAAAUUAAAAUAAAAUAAAAGGAUUUACUAAGGUAUCCUUCUGAGUAUUGAAGUUGGUCAAUACUUAAAACUGACUUUUUUUUAUGAGCAAAUGUACUCAUGAUAUGCAUGGCACAAAAUCAAGGUUAUGGUUUGUUAAAGGUCAAGUAGUACACAUUCAUCUUCCCUGCAGAAGGGGAUUUAGUUGUCCUUCAGGCUGCCUUGGUUUUUACAAUCUUCGCUGGAAUAUACAAUGACAUACGAUGCUAUGCCUUUUCCUUUUUCUUCCAUAAACAAUGGCAUACAAUGUCAUAACAAUGUCAUAUAUUUCUCUUCUUCUUUUAAACUUAGGACUAGAAUAUGGACAUGUGUCUGGACAGUUCAUCAAUACAGAUCAUUCUAUAGGCACCAUAUCAAAUACCACACUGUUUGAGAACUACACAACACCAUUAUCAGUGGUACCGUCACAAAGGCCAAUCUUGCUGUCAAGUCAUGACAGGAUUUCUACAGGAAAUACUUCACUUCUAGGCAGGGCACAAAUGGAAGGAAUACAAAAUCCAAUGCAGCUGAAAAGAGGAUUUCCUGGAUUGGAAAGGGUAAUACAGACUGAGACAGAUGAUUUGAGUGUAAAGAGAUCGAGGUCGAGAUUGAGGUUAAUGUCGUCUGGUUUAUGGUCAGUCGAAGAGAAACGUGAGAUUAACAUCAAGAUCAAUGAUGAUAGAAAGGAGCGUUUCAUUACAGGAAGUUGUAAGCUACCUUCAGGAGAAACUCUGCUUGCAGAUAACAAUAAUAAAAAAUUGAAGAAACUUGAUAACAUGUAUAAUAUAAAGUGUGUAUGUGAUCUUCCUGAUAAACCGUGUGAUAUUUGCUAUGUCGGUGAUAAUGUAGCUGUUGUAUCAAUGUUGUGGAAACUUCAGUUUGUUGAUACUGAACAUAGUAUGACACUGAUUAGAUCCAUUGAUACAAUUCAUACUUGUCGUGGUCUGGCUUGUCAUGGUGAUCAGAUAUAUGCUAGAGACUGGUAUGGUUCUGUUUAUAGCUAUAGUACAGACGGUAUAAAGCAGCAGAUGAUUUAUUCAUUUAAAAGUUGGAAUUACUUUGACAAAGCACGUAUAACUGUGAGUAAUGAUGGAAGUAAGUUAUACCUUCCAUGUAAAAAUGAGCUUGUUACCAUUGACAACAAUGGAAAACAUUUGUUUACAUUAAACAAUGAAGACAUAGAUAGGUCAUGUGGAGUUUGUGUAGAUGAUCAAGGCUAUGUUUAUGUAAUAGGAAAGAAUGGGAAUAUUAUACAAAUAAGUGAAGAUGGUAGAAAUAUACUUGAGGUCAUAACAAACCUAUCUGACAUGACAUGUGGACGUCCUAGUACAUUAACAUUUGAUAGGAGAAAUAAAGUUCUGAUAGCAGCAGGGAUAUCAGACAAAAUAAGUGUCGUAAAACUGAGGAAACAAUAAGAAACUCAAAAAGAUGAAUAAAUAGGAUACCGUGAUCAUAUAAUAUACAAUUAAAUAAAGUUAAGAUAUCCUAAUAUAUAAAACACUUUAUUUUUACCGUCAUAAUGUAUAGUUAGACUUAUUCCUCUCCUCACUAGAUGGUGGAACAAACUUGUUUUUUUUUCUUCAAUGUAUAGAUAAUGCAAGAUAUAUAAGUAUUUAUAAACUUUGAUAAUUUGAAGUGCAACAUGAUAAUUUUAUUAUUUUAUAAGUCAUCUCCUAUUUUUCUUAUCUAGAAAGGAGUCAAUUAGUCGAUACACAUA